ACACCUGUCUCAACUUUCGCUGUCAGAUGAACAACACCCGUGUUGUGUGUACAGAGGGAUGUGUGGCCAGCAAGAAGGGAGAUAACUGUGGUAUGAACUGUCCUACAGCCUGUACACAGUGUGAACGUUAUGGUGAUGGUUGUACAGGACUGUGUCAGAAUCCCUGGUAUUAUGGUCCACACUGUAGAACACCUUGUCCCCCCAACUGUAGAGGUGGAUGUGAUAAAGACACAGGGGAGUGUGGCAGCUGUGAGCCAGGGUACACAGGGGACAAGUGUGAUGUUACCUGUCCCCCCAACUGUAGAGGUGGAUGUGAUAAAGACACAGGGAAGUGUGACAGUUGUGUUGAAGGGUACAGAGGGGAAUACUGUGACAGCUGUCUCCCCAACUGUCGAGACUGUGACAGGGAAACAGGCGAGUGUAUACACUGUGUUGAAGGGUACUGCAAGGGUGGAUGUGACAAACAGGGAGGUAAUUGUAACAGCACAUCUUGUAAAACAACAUGCCGAGCAAACUGUAUAAUUAAUGACUUCACAAAAAUCCAGUGCAGUGGACCUUGCAUCAACGCCAACUACUAUGGAAAGAUAUGCACCAUUCCAUGUCCAGAUAACUGUGACAAAUGUGAGAAAGACUCUGCGAGAUGCCUCAACUGUGCACCAGGUCUGAGGGGGGAACUGUGUAACGAGUCGUGCCCAUAUAACUGUAAACUGUGCGGUCGCUAUGACAACAUAUGCAUGGGCCUCUGUCACGACAGUAACUACCACGGAGUGAACUGCUCCGAUCCAUGUCCCGUCGGCUGUGAAGGGUGUGAGAAGGACACUGGACUGUGUAUCGGUUGUGCCCGGAGCUUCAGUAGGACAUACUGUGAUGAUAUGUGCUCUCCGUGUUCACAGGACACGUGCCACACAGAACCUUGUCAAAAACGUUCACCUGAGCACACUUUGGUUAUUUCUUUUGGGGCAUUAGCAGGACUCCUAUGCUGCACUGUUCUAGCCAUGAUCAUCAUAUUUCGGAUAUAUGUGAAGAGAG